AAAUAAACAAAAACAAACAGCAGUUCUCUCUCUAACAACUAGACUUCUUAAAAACAAAAAAAAUGUCCAUCACACCAGACUCUCUAAGAAAUAAAAGAAAAAACGAGUUAAAAGAAAUCGCUUUAGAUCUAGGCUUAAGUACGAAAGGUUUACGUAGCGAUCUUGAAGAGAGAAUUAGAAUUCAUUUAGAAAAUGCUUCGAACGAUAAAACUUCAGAAUCCACUUCAAGCAAAACACCGCGACGUUCAUUCCGUAAAAAAAGUAUAAGUACUAUCAGAGUAAAAUCACGAAGAGAUAAUAUUCCGUCUUCCCCUAAUGGAGGAAGAAGUUCCUCAGAUGAAGAAAAUCAAUCAGUGUCGUCGGAGAAUGAAAGUAAACAGGAUAUUAUCAUCACGCAGACUACUUCAGAAUUAGAAACAACUGAAACUGUUAAUCUACGAGGCUUACCAAGUGAUAAUGUUUUUAAAGUUAAUACUUUUCUUAUUCAAUUAAGAAAAAAUAUCUCUAAUUCCACUACAUUUUGUAAGGCCGUUACAUGUUUGGAACUUUUAGUGUUCCUAUAUUGUGCAAUCGAAUGGAGUCUAAAGAUUGCAUCUAUUCCUAUCCCAAACUUGGGCUCGGAAGAGAGUUAUAACUAUGAUUUGCAUGUACCAGACAUCUUUAUUUUUAUUGACUGGCAUCGAUUCUGGCGUCCAUUGAUUUCUUUCAUAUUUUAUCUAGUACUCUUACCACUGGGGUUUUCAUAUAUCUUCAAUUUCGAGCCACAUCGCAAUUUAUACAGUCCUCUAACUUUCUCUGUUGCCCAAUAUGCAAUUUUCAUGGUCUCUGUUUCUAAUUUCGAUUGGGCCGAGGAUGUUCGUGAUUUCAUUCCUGACAACUUAAUUUACAUGGGAGCUGGAACUGGAGCAAUUUUCGCACUUUACGAAAGUAUUUUGGCAAAUUCAGAUACAACUUAAUUCCUUUUGGUCGUUCCUAAAAAUUGUUCGAUUGAAUCAUAUUUCUUGGAAAUUCUUGACGAAUUUUUUUUUUCAUUCGUUUCCUCGCAGAAUGUAUCGGUUAUCGGCUGUGCUUCUGCCAUGCCAUAGAAAACCAAUUUAUGUGUAAAUAAAAAAAUUGAUUUAAUUCCUCAUUUGAAUUUAUUUUUAAUUUGGUAAUAUUAUUCAAUAUAUAUUUUCGAGUUUAAGCCAUUAUUUAUUUUAAUUAGACACGAAAACUUUGUUCCAUAGUAAA